AUGCUUCUCUAUAAAGCUGUAAAUAUAAUUUUUUGAUUCUAGCUUAAAACUGAAGAUGAAUACCAAAGACUGUAACUUGUAAGCGAAGGCAUCAAAGCAAUAACAUCCGAAAUGCCUAAAAUCGAGACAAUUGAAAGCACAGCUCCCAUAAAAUUCUGUAAAUAAUUUUACUAGCUUAAUUAGUAAUUUGUUGCUACCCCUUCCAAGAGUAGAAUAUCGAUAUGCUGAUCUCAGCAUUUUUUGAUUAUUACAAAAAUGAGAACUUCUUUUGGGCAUACACCUAAGCAAUCUCUUAGAUUGGAGAAUUUUAGGAAAGCAAGGCUGCUGGAUAUAAGAAAUAAUCAAUAUUUGAUGUUUAUCAAAGAAAAUUGUAAUAUUUUGAUAUAUUAUAAGAAAGGAAGGUAAAACUGGUUUAGACCAUUUUUAUAACUUUUCUGAUUCGGCUCAGCAAUAAAUGACAAAAGUUAAGUUGUAUGUAUGUACACAUUUCUCCAAAUACUUUUCGCUGGCUCAAGAUUUAAGAAUCGAUAUGUCAAGAAUUUACGAUAUAUACAGGAUUUAUUUGCAUAAUACAAAUAAUAAGGAAUUGAUAUUUGAAUUAAUUGAAUCAUUUGAGAAUUUGAAAAAGACAACAUUUAAGAAUUUACCUUGGAUUGAUACAUUCUAGUCAGAAAUCGAUAUAUAUAAGCAAACCUUAAUCCCAUCGAGAUUUAAUCUAAAACUCAAACAGAAUUAACAAAGCUUGCAACAGCUUUAUGAAUAAUACAAAUUAUAAAUGGAAAAUCCAUCAUUGCAGAAUUAAAACUCAGAAGAAAACAGCCCUUAAGUAGAUUAAAAGGCUGUUCAUAAAUAGCAAAUUGAACAAUAUUAAAUAGCAUUAUGCAAAUAAAACUAAGUCAAUCUGAUUGAUGAUUCGAUAGAUUUAUAUUUAUUCCUGAAAUUGAUCAUUAAACCACAGAAGUAUGAGUUAACCAAUGACUGGAAUACUAAAUAUGGUGAAACAACCCUUGAUAAAGACUAUUAAGGAUUUAAAAUAAAUUAAUCUGAAUUAGAAGACUUAUUUAUAAUAAGAUCAUAUAAGGCUUUAAAUUCAGUUUUACAUUGUUCGAAAUUAGAAAUCUUGAAACUCAAGAUGCAAAAUUUAUUACCAAAAAUAUGUAAAUCAAAUAUAUUUUAACUAGUUCAUCUCAUAUACAAGGUACUCCGAGAUCCAGAAGAAAAUGUUAACUUGUAUCAUUUAGGCUCAUUAAUAAAUAAAAUGUUAGAAAUGUGCCCGAAACACGCAAUAUAUUAAAUAAUUAAAUUAAAUCUACUGUUCUCUUUUACUUAGUUUUUUUAUAAUACAUCAAUUGUUAAUGUAGUAUUAGAAAUUUUGGAUUUUGAUACCGAUAAAUAUCAACUUGGAUAUUUUGUUCAGGAAUAGGUAUGGACUUAUGUAAAUGAUACAGAUUGGUUCUAAUAUCUAUUUACAUUUCUGUUCAAAUAGAACAUCGAUGUAAGUAAAAAAGAUGAAAACUAUCAGAGCGAAAGAAAAGUAUAAUAUAUAAAUAAUUCAAUUUAGACUCAAGUUUUGAGUAUGUUACAAUCAUUAAAUCGAAACCAAAGAGGUUCCAUAAAGUAAUAAGUGACAGUCAAUCAAUCUUAUUUCUUUUAAACUUUCAGCACAGGUGAUAAACUGAAUGAAUUACAAUCAUAUGAUUUCUUAAAUAGCAAAGAUAUAGAUAAUUUAAAGCAUUUCAACGAUGAUAAAUAAAAUUUUGAUCCUCAAAAGAUGGAAAAAAUGAUUGAAGAACACAAACAGAAUUAAGCUGCAAUAGAACCCAAGGUCCCAAUAGAAGAGCAAAAUGUAACUUAGCAAAGAGUAUCUAAAUACGGAAGAUAAAUAAUUGAAAUACCUCCAAAGAAAAAAUAAGUUUCAUUGCCUAAAAUCAACACCAAUUCUCUUAAAUCUCCUCUCAAAAAUGUAAAUUCUCCUUUGUCAAGAGAAAGUUCCAAAAAUCUAUCCCUGGAUAAGGAUGCAUAAUUGAGUUAAAAAUCUAAAUAAUCUUCUUCAAGCUUAAGGCGAUCAGAUAAUCAGGAGGAUACGUUAUCGUAAAAUAAAUUAAUUAGAAUCUAUUAGGCAACAAGUAAAACCAAUGCAAGUUUGUUUAAAUAGAAUUAAUAAAGUAUUCAAAUCAAAGAUAUUGGAUUAAUGGAAUCACUUUAAUUUAUUCAUAGAUUAUUGGGUUCAUUAUAAUAAUUCUAAAAGAAAUUCUUAAGCCGUAAGGAUUGUAAUUUGGUAGAAAAGACUAGCAAAAUAUUAACUACAGAAAAUUUAGUACAGAUCUUUUAAACUUUUGUUAGCAAGAUUAUGAAAGAUGAUUAUGGUUUAAUUUGUGGCUAAAUAGUAAAUACUAUAUUUACAAUGGUUUUGAAUGAGCAUUUAGAUGUCUAUUAUGAAUUGCUGAAUGAAUAAUUUUAUAAUUUUAUUUAGGAAAUAGGAACUUUGAUUUUACUGUUAGAGAAAUAAUAGAAUUUAGGGUUUAAGAGACAUCUAGUCUCAUCAAUUUAUUUUAAUGGAUUUAUUUUGAAUAAUUAGUUGAGACAAAAUUAUUUAGAAUCUAAUGUUUAUAAAUAUUUAAGUAGUAAAAUAUUUAAUUAACUACAAUAAUAUUUAGUGAAUUAUCCUGAGAAUAAUAAUUAUUAAUUAUAAUUUACAAAGUAAAAGUUUUAUUGAUUCCUUAGGUUUUUGAAUUGUGUAUUUUCCAAAGCUCCCGCUUAUUUGAUUCAGCAAAUUUUGUUUAAUUAUGGUUUACUUUAAGUUUUGUUUGAGUCAUAAAGAGUAAUAAUCCUUAAUGACCUUCAAAAUGUUCAGAGCUCUUUGCGCUACUUUGCAAUGCAAAUAAUAUAUUUAAUUAAGGAUAUUUUAUAAAAAAGAAGCAUGCAAGUUAUUCUAGAUAAUCUUUAACCUCUUGAUCUAUGGUACAAACUAUGUAAAGCAACUGAGAAUUAUAAAAUUGGGCAUUUGGAAAGUCCAAUAAUAGCUGAACCUCCUAAAGAAUCAAGAUAAUACUAAAAAAAAUAAUAUUAGAGAUAGCACUAAUUUAAAAAGUAAUAAACUGAAUAAAAACUUGAAUUAUCGGAAAGAUCUCCAACAGAAUUAUGUUUAACUCCAGAUCUAACACAUAGAACCUUAAAAAACUAUCGGUUGCGUAAGCCAUUUGAUUUAUGA